AUGACGGAGUAUGAGAACAAAAUACACAAGGAGGUCAAGCUACUAGCGACGGUUAUCAAAUCCAGCAUAGCUCUGGCAGAUCGAGAACUGCAAGAAUGGAGAAGAAGAGCCGAAGCGGCCGAAAAGGCUCUGCUUAAGGCCAAGGAGAAUGCAAUGCUGGCUGAAGCGCAGGAGACGCCGAAGGGACCAACGAAUCCACGUCCGGAGAAAAGAGAAGAGGAACAAAGGAAGAAGGAACAGGAGAAGAAGAAGGAGAAGGAAAAUAAGAAUGAAGAGGAAGAGAAGAAGAAGACGGAAGACAGGAAGAAGGAAUUAAAGAAGAAGAAAAACCUCAGGCAUCGUAGGAAGAGAAGUAAGGGCUACGCUCUGGUUAUCAAGGUGAAAGACAAAACGACAUACGAUAGUUCAGCCUUCAAGGAACUCGUCGAAAAAUUUCUUGGCGAGGACGUGAACUUAAGAGCCUUAUCGCAGGA